AGUUGAGCCGCAAUUAUGUCAGCCGGACAGGUUAUCACGUCUCCUGGGGGGGAAUAAUUCCUUGGACACAGGGGGCAAAAAGGUUGACAAUCACUGACGCUAAGCCAACUGAAUGUCAACUAGUAUUACCUGAGAAGUGGAGGUGCCACAUCCACUGUUGUCGUCAUCGUACCCCGCCAUAUUGGACACACAUACCGAAGACUGGAAUACAGGCUGCUGAGGGGAUAGGGGGAAGGACCUGAAUACGUGUGGACUCUUAAAGUUUAUAUGAGUUAAAUAUCUAUGCAUUGGACUAAUUAAUAGGGUGACAGAUUACAGGCAGGACGUGGUUCGGGGGUUAUUUUCUUCCUAGUUGUAAGGACUUGUCGGUAGAUGAUGACUUCCCUGACCCAAAGGAGCUCGGGCCUGGUGCAGAGGCGGACUGAAGCCUCGCGUUCUGCUGCUGCCGACAAGGAGAGAGGAUCUGGGGAUGAGGACUUCGAGGCUCGACGCGGAGAUGAACAAGAAGACGAUGACAGCGGAGAUUCCAAAGAAACUCGACUCACUCUUAUGGAAGAAGUAUUGCUUCUGGGACUGAAAGACCGAGAGGGUUACACGUCGUUCUGGAAUGACUGCAUCUCGUCAGGUCUGCGGGGCUGCAUGCUCAUCGAGCUGGCACUCCGAGGCCGCCUGCACCUGGAGGCCUGUGGCAUGAGGAGGAAAAGCCUGCUGGGACGCAAGGUAAUCUGUAAGUCAGACGCCCCCACGGGAGACGUGCUGCUGGACGAGGCCCUGAAACACAUUAAGGACACCCAGCCCCCAGAGACCGUGCAGAGCUGGAUCGAGCUCCUCAGUGGUGAAACCUGGAACCCGCUGAAGCUGCACUACCAGCUGCGGAACGUGCGCGAGCGCCUGGCCAAGAACCUGGUGGAGAAGGGCGUGCUGACCACGGAAAAGCAGAACUUCCUGCUCUUCGACAUGACCACGCACCCGCUCACCAACAGCCCCAUCAAGCAGCGGCUCAUCAAGAGGGUGCAGGAGGCCGUGCUGGAGAAGUGGGUGAACGACCCGCACCGCAUGGACAAGCGGAUCCUGGCGCUCAUCUUCCUGGCGCAUUCGUCCGACGUGCUGGAGAACGCCUUCGCACCGCUGCUGGACGACCAGUACGACCUGGCCAUGAAGCGCGUGCGGCUGCUGCUGGACCUGGAGCCCGAGGGCGAGAGCAUGAAGACCAACACCAACGAGCUCCUCUGGGCCGUGGUGGCCGCCUUCACCAAAUGAGAGACGGCAUCCUGGGGUGCCUGCUUCCCAUGGGAUUGGCCACAAUGGAAAACCGGUUGACGUUACGUGGGGGGGGGGGGGGGGGAGGGGAAGGGGAGGGGUGGACGGUGGACAGUAGACUUGGACUCCCCCUUUCACGUCCUCCUUGCCCCCCCUUUCCUGUCCCACCCCGACCCCAGCCUCUUGCCCAAACAUUCUGAACGGGUGGAUGACUCGCUUUCAUUCUCUGGUUUUCCCUCUCCCCUUUGUAGAUAACUCCUUCCCCCAUCCCCCUUCAAGCCCC